CCCCUGAGUCCACAUUUCACUCCACCCAGGAGAGAAAACCAAUGCAUAGUGCUCACAGAAGACUGAAAAAGGGUUCCUUUUCCUUUUUCUAAGCUUCAGAGGUGUUUGCCUGAAGAGACGCUUGGAUUUUAUCAAGAACAUCUGGAAAAUAGAGAAAAAUGCCAUCUUCAACAAAGAUUCUGUAUUUUCUUUUGAGCGCGAUGCUCACUGCCAUAUCUAUCGGUUUGCUUGGGUAUGCCAUGUCCACGACAUGGUCUAAAACGUUAAUGGAUUGCGAAGGAUUUGGGACCAACAAUGGAAGUGCAGAAAUAACGAUGGGCCUUUUCAGUGGAAAUUUAGUAAGAAACACCUGCCCCAGCUUUGGCAGUGAGGAAACAUUUCCAGUGUUUCCAGCAUUGUCAGCCAUAGAAAUAACUCCUCUGGUUCUCCACGGUCUGUGUGUGGGCCUGCUGUCUGUUUGUUUCCUGACUUCUGCCCUGAGCAUCCUCAUCUCAUUCUACAACAGCGUCAGUAACCCUUAUGAGACCUACAUGGGCCCUAACGGGAUUUAUACCUGCUCCUCCAUCAGCGCGUGCUCGUCUGUUCUGGUGAUCAUCAUUUACGUGCUGAACCUCCUUCUGACCAAAAUGCAAGAGGAAUUGGUUCCCAGCAUUGCUGAUAUUUCCAACGUUGAGCUGACUCACAAAAGGUUGGAGGUGAGGCUUGGGUAUUUCCUGCUCAUCCCUUACGCGGUGCUCUCUCUGCUGGCCAUCUUGUUCAUCUACCUGUACGACCACGCAGCCUACACCCACAGACGGGAACAGGAGAGGCCCACAGAGGACGCUCCUAAGGAGAUCAUGAUGUACUAGUGAUAAUCACGCCAGUGACACUUUCACGUUUCCUAGCAACUUUCUGGGAAAACUUACUGUGAUAGAUUAUUACAGAUCAUGGUGGUGUACAGAAAAGAAUGAAUGCACAGCUUGCUUGAUGCACAAUGUGCAGGAUUUGAUUUAUUGUAUUCAGUUUUGACAUUCUAGACAGAAUGUUUGAUUGUAUUUCAGUUUUAAGUUAAUUAAUUCAAAGUGUGAGAAGUCAAAUUAAUCAUUUUAUUCUAUAUUUUUCACAUAAAAUAUACACGAGACAUUCUUUAAAACUUAUUUAUUUUGUAUAUGAACAAUACAAUAGUUCUUAGUGCAAAGCACUAUUCUAUCUCUUUCAGAAUAAAAUAACAGUCAAAUCAGCAUCAGCUGAUAUUGCUAAUCAACAAUAUGCAUGCAUCUCUUUGCAUCUCUUUGGAUGAAAGCAGUUUCUACCCAUUGUUUUUUUUCUGUUUAAUAUAAAAUUGUUUUCUAAAGAAAAUAAAAUUAAUUGAUUGAAAGCAGUAACAAGGUAAUGGUAUUCACUGAAGUUUGCUGCCCUCUCUCUGAGAUAUGAUGCAAUUGCAAGGAGUCAACAUCUGUCAAAUGCCACUGCUGAGGCAUCGCUGGAUCCCUGUUUACUAGGAACAGCCUUUAUAUGGAAAUAUGUUAUGCCAAGCGUUGCACAAUUAAUAUUAUUUGGAUAAAGAGCCACUGUAAGGACAUCUUACCCCUCUAAAGUGAAGGUGGGUGACAACAGGGAAUUUUAUUUCUUGCACAGUUUGGAGUUGUUCCAUUAGACAUUGUUCUUAGUGCAAAUUUGUACAUUAAACCUGUUUAAAACCAUGAAUCCUCCUGAGGAGCCACUUUUUUUGUUGUCACCAAUAAGUUCCUGGGAUCUUUCUUGACAAUGCAUGAUUAUUAUUCAUGGAGAUAAAGGUUUAAAGGCGUCAAUUUUAGAGCAUUUGCUUCUUUCUUGGUCUAAACUCUUUCAGUCCAUGUUAAUGUUAAGCUCCUUUUCCUGCGGACACAGAGACAGGUGAGACGGACAUGCUUAAACUAUGCUGGUUCCUGAACCCUACCACCAUUUUCUGCCAUUUGGGCAUGACAGAUUGGGUCUUCCAAAAACACAAUUAUUCGUCUCUAUCAGACUUGGUAGAUUACACUGAGGAACCUGCUGGGUCUGUUCAGCUAGUUUGAAGGAACCCUACCAAUUGCAGUAAAAGAACAGUUAUACAACCAACCAGAAUUAAAACAAACUCUUGACAUAAAAUGAUAUGUACUUUCUCAGCAAUUUGCAAAAGGAUACAGCCAAAUAUUAGUUGUGGUGUCUGUAUGUAUUUAAGCCUGUGUGUAUCAUUUUGAACUUGUCGAUUAAAUAAAAUGAAAAUUGAAUUUAAA